AUGGAGGUGAGGUCCGAGCAAGGGCUGUUGGCGGGGAGGGAUCUAUUCGGCAUGCCGAAGAGCCCGCCGGCGCCGGUGCCCGGGCCGCCGGCGUCCGCCGCCAUGCAGAGCGUGCGCAUGGCGUACACCGCGGACGGCACCGCUGUGUACGCUCCGGUUAGCUCCUCGCCUACGACGCCGUCUUACCAGCCGCAGGGCGCAGCCCACGGCGCUAGCAUGUCCGCGGCGACGGUCGUUGGUGGCAAUGGCGCGUCAUCUGCGCCGGGCAUGGGGGAGCCGGUGGCCAAGAAGAAACGCGGGCGACCAAAAAAGUACGGGCCCGACGGGUCCAUGGCGCUGGCAUUGGUGCCUGCGUCGGCAGCUACGGGGUCGCCGGCUACAGGGUCGCCGGGGACAGGGCAGGGUUCUUCCGGUCCGUUCUCACCGGCUGGGUUAAAUCUGGCGAGCUCUCUGCUGGUGGUGUCGCCAGAUGGAUUUAAGAAGCGGGGCCGGCCUAAGGGUUCUACCAACAAGCCGCGCGUGGAUGCUGCCGGGUCAUCAGGAGCUGGAUUUACACCUCAUGUUAUCACAGUUCAAGCUGGGGAGGAUGUGUCAUCAAAGAUUAUGUCAUUUUCUCAGCAUGGAACCCGUGCAGUUUGUGUUCUUUCAGCAAAUGGCGCCAUAUCAAAUGUAACGCUUCGUCAGACUGCUACAUCAGGGGGAACUGUAACAUACGAGGGUCGAUUUGAGAUACUAUCACUGUCAGGCUCAUUCCUCCUGGUGGAGAAUGGUGGUCAACGUAGUCGGACUGGAGGGCUCAGUGUGUCAUUGGCUGGUCCUGAUGGUCGUCUGUUGGGUGGUGGAGUCGCAGGACUUCUCAUAGCAGCUUCACCAGUUCAGAUAGUACUGGGAAGCUUCAAUUCUGGAGGCAAAAAAGAGCCAAAAAAGCAUGCUCCUUCAGAACCCACAUCAGUGCCACUGAAGGUCGCUCCGACAACCGGGAUGGGACCUAACAGCCCUCCUUCAAGAGGUACAUUGAGCGAGUCAUCUGGUGGCGCUGGAAGCCCACCACCACUGCAUCAAGGCAUGGCUGCUAGCAAUAAUUACCAACCGCCAUUCCUGUCAAGCAUGCCUUGGAAAUGA